AUGGAUGAGACGGUGGCCCAAGCUGUACCACCCGCCCCAGACCUUACAGCACCCCAGGCAGAAGCCUCGACGAUGACCCAAACAAGCCUCAGCGAUGGGAGCGUCAACUUGCCCUUGUCGGACAAGGCGAUGGGCAAGCGCAAGGACCCCGAUCAGGAUCAUGUACACGUCGAAUCCAACCCAGCUACCCGAUUAUCAUCGCCUCAUUUGAUGGCCACGAGGGAGAAGCGCGUGACGAGGAGCAGUUUGGGCGGUUACGGCGCGUCGAAUGGGGUCCAUGGUGCCGAGGGUUUACGGUCCGGAGCGAUGAGCAGGCAAGGUAGCGAGGCUAGUGCAGCAGAAGGUAGGUCAGAUAUCCUCGUAAUCGAUCCAUCAUAUCUAAAUCGGGGUUGGGAAGCUGAUACGACCUAUGUUACGCCCUCCAAAACAGGGCUGAACCGACCUCAUCUGCCUCUGGCAACUCGGAUCUUGCUCACUUCGAGCAUGCCGAGCGACGUCGUCCACUUCCCACCGCUCAAGACCGAUCUGGGUUGGUCGUUUGGCGAGGAACCGUGUCCAAUUCCCACGAUCACGCCGCUACCCGAUUCCGUUCCAAGUUAUCGGUUGCUUGAUCGAGCCGGAGAUACCAGUCUCGGGAGAAGUCGACAUGUGACGGGACCCGAGGUAGGUCGUGAUCUCGAUGUCCCCAGUCCUGUGCAUACCGAUCUCCCAACUGACUCAUACCUACUGGUUAUAGACUGAUACCUCGGACGCACACUACCAACGCCUUCACCGCUUCCCCGAGGUGCUGGAAAAACGAUCUGCUCGAGUCGAACGGGAUCGCCUCAUUCACGAGCGCAGCAAGCUCAUUCUCGAACUCGAAGAGCUGAAAGGGCGCGGAUGGGUCUAUAUCGGGGCCCAAGGUGGGAAAGGAGAGGAAGAGAGGCGGAGGAAGAUCAAAGAAGGCGAACUCAGACUGGCGAGGUACGUCUCCCUCUGCCUUCGGGUUCAGGUCUUAUGCGCUAAGUCUAAUUCUUCUGAACUGUUGUCGAUCCAUAGAUACGAUGCUCUACUGCCCAACCAGCCUCGCAAAUCAAACGUGCUCGUCCAACAAGACCCUACAUCUUCCACCACACAUGCCAAAGGAACUUCAGCUGCUGUAACAGCCGAGACCAGCCACGACAAACCUUCCUCGUCGUCAACCGCGCGCCCCAAACCGUCGGCGCUGGUCUCGGCUUCAGGCGACGGUUCGACGACGAUUAAGCUCAAGUUCGGGGGAGGCAACCUCACUUCUUCGAUGACCAACACCAAAAGUAAUGGUCAUGCUCGGUCUCGUAAAUCGACGCGUUCGGAACUGACGACCGACGAUGAAGCCUCUGUUACCGAAAGCAAACCUCUGCCCAAACCGAACGGGAGCGGCGGCGGGGUGGGUAGUCGCGGCGACGGCACGACGGUAUACAAGAAACGCGACCGAGCUGCGGAGCACGCCCGUGCACUGGAAAGGCAGCGAUUGGGGCUACCGAUCAAGGGGCCGAUGUCGGACCUAAUUCAAGCACGAGAAGCUCAAGCUCAAGCCCAACAAGCUGGAACGCCACCGCGCACAUCGUCGGCCUCGACCUCGACCUCGACCACUACUCCGAGAUCGCAUCUUGCUGCCGCGCCAGCGACGAAGCGCCCGGAAGCCGUGUUGACGUCUUCGCCUUUGAGACCACCAGGUGCUCGACCUCUUCCGAAGCGUAUCAGAUUGA